AUGUCUCCGACUGGUAAUAGAAUAUCAAAACGUAAUUCACAACGACAACGGAAAAAAUCAACAACAAAACGAAAUUGUAAUAAAAAAAAGACAGUGACUAAUACGAGAAUUACAUUGCAUGUAGAUCAACAGCAACAAACUCCUGGUGAUAUUAAAUGUAGGAGUAGAAUAUCAAACAACAGUAAAAAGGAUGAUAUAGUCUACGUUGAACUUGAUACGAAGUGUGGAUGUAAUAAUACCGACAAUUCAAAUGUUCAAUUUACCAAACGUUAUUUAGAAUGUAAAAAAACAAUGCCAAUCAAUAUUUAUAAAGCAGCGAAUAAUAAUGACAAGGGUGAUGAUUAUACAUUAUUGAAUGAUUAUGAUGAAUUGAAAGACAUAUCCUCUAGUAUUCAAACAUCGUCUUAUCAAUUACCUCAUAUUCAAUUAAAAUUUACUGUUGUCAAUUUAUCAACAUCAUUUGCCAAUUGUUUAUGUAUUCAAGAUAAUAAAAUAGAUUUUAAUAAUUAUUUAAAAACAUCAUCAUAUCAAAAUACAAAACAAUUUUUACCCACAAUUAUUGAACAUAAUAAACUUUCGUCUAUUUUAUCAACGUAUAUUUCAUCUUCUAUUACACCUGUUGUAAAUAAUGCUAAUGCUGUUAUAUCAUCACCGUCUAUAAUUAACGAAAAAAAAUCGUUGCCAUUAGUACCAUUCAUUAAAUCGUCUAAUUUAUCGUCAUCACAAAAAUGUUUACCAUCAAUUUUAACACCACCUUUAUCUCCGACACCAUCAUCAUCAACAAAACGUUCUUCUAUUGUUUCAUUACAAAAUUCAUCUUUAAAUAUUUUAACUCCACCAAGUGAUCGUGAAAAAGAUCUAAAAGAACUACAACAUUCAGGUUUUAUAAUUAAAGAUAUUGAAGAUUUAGAAGAUGAUCAUCAAUGGGAUGUUAUUAAUGAAGUGGCUAGGCGAUUUGGUGAACCAAUAAAUAUUCAUCAUGAAAAUUUAUUAUUAGAAAAAAAAAAUCGUAAACAAAAAAAAUUAAAAAAAUCAAAAUCAUCAUCAUCAAAACGAAUGUUACCAAAAAUUUUACCAAAAUUAUUAUCGCAUUGUAGUUCAUCUUCAUCAUCAUCAUCAUCUUUAUCUUCUAUUGCUCUAUCGUCACCAAUACUCUCAUCAUCAUUAUCAAAUUCAUCAUUUGAUGAUAGUCGUUGUCCAGUUGAUUUAAGUAUUAAAAAACGUUUAUCUGAUGAAAAUACAAAUACAUCAUUAACAAAAUAUAUUAAAAUUUAA